AUGGCCAUGUUCUUCGGAAUCAUCGGAGUCAUCGUCAUCCCUGAGGUAUGCAACCUUCUGAAAGUCUACGACAUGCUUCACAUUGCUGACCUGUUCAGANCUCUUGCUCCUGUCUUGCUUUCGCGUAGAGCAAAGAAGAUCCGUUUUGCUACAAAGAACUGGGCCAUCCACGCAAAGUCCGAUGAGAACGAGGUCGACCUGAAGGACAUCGCACAUCGUUACUUGUUCAAGCCUUUCCAAAUGCUUGCCAUGGAACCAAUCCUGAUACUAGCCUACCCAAUCGCCUUCCAACAAGAACGCGGUUGGAAUGCUGGCGUUGGCGCCCUGCCCUUCGCUGCCAUCAUCGUCGGAGUAGCCUUUGGAUCUGGCUUUAUCGCCUACUUCACCAAGACCAGGUUUGCCAGGAAGAUGGAAGAGACCGGCGAUGUCGUGCCAGAGGAAAGAAUGAUUCCCAUGAUCGUUGGCGGCGCUCUGCUGCCGAUCGGAAUUNUUUGGUUUGGUUGGACGUCGAAUCCAAACAUUAUCUGGGUGCCUCAGGUCAUCUCGGGAGCCUUCAUCGGUGCUGGUGUUUUGCUUAUCUUCUUGCAAGGGUUGAACUACAUUAUUGACUCAACGCAAACUCUGCCAUUGCCGCAAACACAUUCUUCAGAUCAUGGCUGGGAGCUGGAUUUCCCAGAGCUGACAUGUUCUCCAGNNGCCAUGUCCCUCCUCGGCUUCCUGACGGUAGCCCUGUUCCCAGUUCCAAUUCUCUUCUUCAUCUACGGCAAGAAGAUCCGCUCGCUCAGCAAGUUCACGUCGUAA